CCCAGAGAGUCCUAAAAGGCUUGGUUUCGUGUUUUCUAUUUACCUCACUUGUGUAUCUCAUUUCGAAUUAUUGAAUGGCGGAAGGAGUACGAUGUUAGCCAUGGGGUAAAUCUGUGGCAAAUUAAUGGACUUUAGGCGAAUUUUGGUCAUGUAAUCUCCAUAUUACCUUUCAUGAAACUUAAACUCGUCAAUCCGGUUUAUUUAUUUGAUGAUAGUCAUUCGCAGUAGCGAGCAAGCUAAACUUGAAUAGAAAUGAAGGAAGGCAAAGCCAUUUAAACUAAGGGACGCUAUCUUUCUUUUUUGCUUUCGAUCUGAUAGUUUUAAUCGGCAACAUUUGAUCUUGGAUAUCUGAAGAGGCCUGCAAAUGGAUCCAGCGGCUUUGCGUGAAAGUCCUGCGGGUUCAGGAUCCACUUCAGUGGAGGAGCGAGAAGGAAAUCAGACGGAGGAGGAGGAGGAGGAGGAGGAGGUGGCUGAGGACGGCAGAGAAGCUGAUGGGGAAUCCGAGGAAACAGAGAUGGAGAGUAAAGACUGCGAGAGAUCUGAAUGUCACGAUGAAAACUCACUGAAUGGAAAACUGACAGAGGAGGAACUAGAUCCCAGAAUCCAGGAGGAACUGGAGCGUCUGAAUGAGGCCAGUGAGGAAAUCAACAAGAUGGAACUGGAACUCCAAGAGUUUCGGUCCAGCCACAGGAGGAUAAUGAAUGAAUCUGUGCUUAAACUCAAGGCGAAAAGUUCAGAACUGGGGUCCUGCAUCGAGAAGGCCAGGCCUUACUAUGAGGCGCGCAGGAAAGCAAAGGAGGCCCAGCAGGAGACCCAGAAAGCCGCGCUCUGCUUUGAGAGAGCGGUGUCCAUGCACUCGGCUGCUCGAGAGAUGGUCCAUGUGGCUGAACAGGGCCUCACUGCAGUCAAGACGCUGGAUCCAACCUGGCAAGAGAUGUUGAAUCAUGCUACCUCAAAGGUGAACGAGGCGGAGGAGGAGCGCAUGAAGAGUGAACGCGAGCACAUGCGUGUCACCCAGCUGUGUCAGGAGGCCGAAGCCCGCGUGCAGGAGCUGCAGAAGUCACUGAAGAGAUCCAUCGUGAAGUCCAAGUCUUACUUCGAGCUUAAGGCGCAGUUCAAUGACAUUCUAGAGGAGCACAAGUCAAAAAUUUUAGCGUUAGAGGAGCAUAUCUCCAAAGCCAAGUUAAACUACUCCAGCACCUUGCGCCAACUGGAGCAAAUCAGCGAGGAGAUCCAUGCCCAGAGGGAGAAGGAGCAACCAAAGAACGGACCAAUCAAAACAUGUGGUGGACGGAGCUCUCCUGUUGGAGCAGAGACAGUCAGCAACACGGGUACCGAAGGCGGAGCCUGCGGAGGCUACCCGAGACCAAGCGAUUGGGUGGAUGGGAAAGAAGGCGUGACUAAUACCAGAGAGUGGGUGGAGACGCAUCAAAACUCCAGGUGGGUGGACAUGGGAAGAGCUGAGGUGACGAGAUCUGGUUCAGACUCUCUUUCCGUCGUCAGCUUCCGGACCAUCGUCUCCGAUCUUGAAAAGUGCGACUCUGUCGAACACCUCGGUCAUCUCAGCAGUGACGUCAGUCUCUCAGGGGAGGAGGGGGAGAGAGACAAGGAUGAUAAAAACUGUCAAAAAAAUCUUGACAUUUCAGAGGAGUUUCUCAAACAACACAUGAGAAGUGUCAGUUUAUAAAGCGCAUCCAUGAAUAAUGUUCAUUUUUAUGUUUUCCUUACAUGAGGAGCUUGUUUCUUGACUGACAGGGCAACUUUUUAUCAUUAUUUAUUGUUGAGCAUUUUUAUCAGUACUUGUAAAGAAGAAAGACAAAAAAGAAUAAUAAUAAUUAUUAUUAUUAUUUUGAAUUAUUUUUUUACCCAACCCUUACAUGAGAAGUUUGUCGUCCUGUUUGAGUAUCUCAAAUAAAGUGGUAAAAGACUGACAAUAUUUGCAAGGCUAGUAACCCUGCAUAAAAUACAACAAUAUUUUUUUUUUCAUCCUAAUAAGCACCUAAUAUUUUUCUAUGCAAAUGUAUAAAACCGUGUCUUAUACGCACGCUCGUAUUAUUAUAGUCUCUAUAGCUGACAUAAUGAUAAAAUGAGGCUUGUCGGAUUUUACUGACUGCUGAUUAACUUUAGUUCACUUACUGACAUAAUCACUCUUUGAAGGUAAAAUGGCAUUAGCUAAUGCUAAGCUCUAAAAUGUCACAGAUUUUUUUUCUCAAGUUAUUUUAAAAUUGAUUUUCUUUUUAUUUUAAUGUAUUAGUCCCAUGCUGACUUUGAAAUGGUGGUUUACAAAAAGCGCUUUACUGUAGACUGCAAUAUAUUUCAAAUCAAAUCCUAGAGUUCUUAACGCUUGCAUGAGGUUUGCUUUAUGUCUUGUUUGCAUUAGUGCACUCCGGUCUUUUCAUCAGAAGAAACAUUGAUUCGACAGAAGUACAGGUUUUGUGCAGUUGGAGAAAUGAAGUGAUUUUUAUUCUUCAGUGCAGGGUUUGUAAAACACCUGCUGCUGAACAUUUGAUGUUUUGCUGUUUAAGACAAUCACUUUUCUAUAUUUCAGAAUUUAUUUUCAUUUAAAGAAUUUCAGGUGUUUUUCAUUCAGUGUGCUUUAUACAUCUUGGCUAACUCUCAGUGUGAGCAUUGGAUGUUAUGUUGAUAUUAUUGUCUUUAACUAGUGUUCUGUGUGAAGAUGUGCACAGUGGUGACAUUUGUGGCGUUUGAUGGAACAAUAAAUGUAUAUUUAUGAAUUCA